AUUAAUCCUUCUUUCGCGGCAAACCCAUCUGCCUGACAGACGUCAAUUUUCUGCGCUCCGUGGACGUCCACCAUAAGUAUGAGCACGCCCGUACUACCUCAGACCGACCCGAGAAGCUUGGUGGAGAAGACCGCAGAAGUGACGGAGAAGGUGCCUCCGACGGUGAAAAAACACUUCAAGGGUGCCAAAGGUUCCUCCGUUGUAGCCUCAACUUCUGGCAAGGAUGGUGGGAAGGAGACGGUCAGCAAGGUGCAGAGCGUUGAUCUUACCACAGGAGGAACUCCGCCGGCACAAGAGAAGGUUCCGGUGACUCAGGCUCAGGCUGUGGUCCAUACAGCGGCCCCGUCUACGUCUGUUUCUACGGCACAGAGUGUGCAGGGUCUGACCUUGGAGACACUUUUAGGAAGGAUCCAGUCAUUGGAGGCGUCCCGGGCGGCGCAGUCAACGGACUCAGUGCUGAGAGAGCUGACAGCCUACUGUGGCAGGAGAGAGGGAGCGUUUUCGGCUGACUGGGCGAUGAGCUUAGUAGAAACUCUUGUAGCCACCGCCAGGAGGGAAGGACACCAGAGGAAGGAUGAGUUCAUCGCGUAUGCAGAUGAACUUUCGCAUUACACAAGACUACCUAACUUUAGGGCCCUGGUGCUUCGAUUAUUUGGUAGCCAGGCUCAAGUACAAGCUGCUACUAAAGUGCUGCCUUUUUUAAGUCUUAUGCAGCUACACAAGAAGCGACGGCGUCUAUGCCGCGACCAGAUUAUCGCCCGGCUCCGCGCCGUCCCCCUCCGUAUUUCGCAGGGGGUAGGUCGGGAGGAAAGCGGCAUGCACCGGAUGCGUGUUUCUUGUGUGGCUCAUCUGAGCAUUGGGCGAGGAAGUGCCCGAAUAACAAAAAGAAGCAGUAGCUCAUGUUGGAAUUGUUUGGUUAGUUAAACGCUGAUCGAAAGGCUGGAACGGACCGGAUUGUGCGAUUGUUUGUUACAGACGUGUUGUCUAACCUCUUGUUCUGAAUAAAGGUUUACACUUGCUUUA